GAUUAAGACCUAACUUUUGUCCAUCCGUCUCAGCUCUGGGUCCCUCAGGCGCCCACUGCACGGUCUUUAGGGGCCGGGACCUUUGGAUUGAGAACCACCCGGGCCUUAAAAAGCCGUGCCUCUGAAACACCAGAUGACCCAGCGCAGAGUGAGGAGAUGGUGUGUGCGCUUGCCGCAGCCACAGGAGGUCCCAGCUGUCAUUGCAGAAAGCAGGUGGUGUAAAACAAUAGCUCAGCAGACUCCCUUUCCAAGCCCUCGAGGAGGAAGCAGCAAAGCCCACUCUGAGCUCGGAGGCUGCAGCAGUCCGAGGGUCCCGGCAAGAGGGGAACAGAGACGUAGCCCGUCACCUCACGCUUUGAAGUCACCUACCCGAUGGGGCUCCUCUCUACCCUCCUGCUCCUCUCCCUUUUCUCAGCUGGUCUCAUCCUGUGCUCCGAACACGAGACUCGUCUGGUUGCCAAGUUGUUCGAGAACUACAACAGUGUGGUGCGGCCAGUGGAUGAUCAUCGGGACCCAGUCGUCGUCACAGUGGGCCUGCAGCUGAUACAGCUCAUCAACGUGGAUGAAGUGAAUCAGAUCGUGACCACCAACGUGCGUCUAAAGCAGCAAUGGGUGGAUUCCAAUCUCAAAUGGAAACCCGAAGACUAUGGCGGCUUGAAAAAAAUUCACAUUUCUUCGGAAAAGAUCUGGCGCCCGGACCUUGUCCUGUAUAAUAAUGCAGAUGGCGACUUUGCUAUUGUCAAGUUCACCAAAGUGCUUUUGGACUAUACGGGUCACAUUACUUGGACCCCACCUGCCAUUUUUAAGAGUUACUGUGAAAUCAUAGUCACCCAUUUUCCCUUUGACGACCAGAACUGCAGCAUGAAGUUGGGCACGUGGACCUACGAUGGCUCUGUGGUUGUCAUCAAUCCGGAGAACGAGCGGCCCGACCUCAGCAACUUUAUGGAGAGUGGUGAAUGGGUCAUUAAAGAAUCCCGCAGCUGGAAACACUGGGUUUAUUAUGCCUGUUGUCCCAGCACUCCCUACCUAGAUAUCACUUACCACUUUGUCAUGCAACGUCUGCCUCUCUACUUCAUCGUCAACGUCAUCAUCCCCUGCCUGCUCUUCUCCUUUCUCACCGGCUUGGUUUUCUAUCUGCCUACAGAUUCAGGAGAGAAGAUGACACUGAGUAUUUCUGUUUUACUGUCUUUGACGGUGUUCCUCCUGGUCAUUGUGGAGCUGAUCCCGUCCACGUCCAGCGCGGUGCCCUUGAUUGGCAAAUACAUGUUGUUCACGAUGGUAUUCGUCAUUACAUCAAUCAUCAUUACAGUUAUUGUCAUCAACACCCACCACCGCUCCCCAAAUACUCACGUUAUGCCCGAAUGGGUCAGAAAGGUUUUUAUCAACACAAUCCCAAACAUCAUGUUCUUCUCCACAAUGAAGCGGCCAUCUAGGGAGAAACAGGAAAGAAGGAUCUUUACUGAAGACAUUGACAUUUCCGAAAUUUCUGGAAAUCCAGGUCCAACUACCAUGAGCUUUCAGUCGCCACUUAUCAAAAACCCAGAUGUGAAGAGUGCCAUUGAGGGUGUUAAAUACAUCGCAGAAACAAUGAAGUCAGACCAAGAAUCUAAUAACGCUGCUGAAGAAUGGAAGUUUGUGGCAAUGGUGAUGGAUCAUCUUCUCCUGGGCAUCUUCAUGCUGGUUUGUAUCAUUGGCACCCUAGCUGUGUUUGCUGGUCGUCUCAUUGAGUUAAAUCAGCAAGGCUGAAUGUGGAAGCUGAACUCCAGUCUGCCACUGUGGUUACGGUGAAGGCAAGGAGAAGGUAGCAGAGAGGAAUCUGAUUCGUUCCCUGCUGUAAAGAGCAUUUCAUUUCUCCUCAUUCAAAACUGCUUCACCUCUGCCCGACCCACCAAGUAAGCCCACGUCAAUAAAAGGAAACAGAUCUGAAAAUGAA